CAAAGCCCAGCCUUGGCUGGGGCUGCGGUGACAUGUGGAGCGGUGCUUUGCAGGCGUAAAGUUAGCGGCUCGCCGGCAUCCCUCCUCCAGUUGGGAGAACUGGCUUGGAGGUGCCCAGCUGGGAGCUAAUGGGUCACACUCUCACUCCACCCAUUCGCCGCUCGCCAAUUGGAAGUGAGGGAGAAAGAUGCUCUGGAUGGAUUAAUAUUGGAGCCAUUGAAAAAGCACGAGCCACUGCUGGCUCAGCCACCUGAACAAGUGGCAUUUGGGAAUAAGUGUGGUGGCUCAGGGGGAGCAGCCAGGAGGGGAGCGGAGGCUGUUUGAACAGCAUCUCUAUUAAAGGAGUAGUGCAGAGUCUCCACCAGCAGCGAUGUCAAGAAAUGGAUACUUCUUUGAAGAGAGUGGGUACCUCAAGUGCGACACGGACGAUGGCUGCGAGGCCAAGGAGGAGACGGGGGGCGAGGAGCUCUUCGAUGCCGUGAACUCCUCCAUCGUCUCAGGGGACAGCAUCCGCUUCUUCGUCAAUGUCAACUUGGAGGUGCCGCCGAACGCCACCGCUGAAAGUGAAAGUGCUGGCUGCGUGUUACUGCACACAUCAAGGAAGUACCUGAAGUUAAAGAAUUUUGAGGAGGAAGUCAGAGCCCACCGAGACCUGGAUGGGUUCUUGGCCAGAGCCAGCAUCAUCCUUGAUGAAACAGCCACCUCCUUGGACGAUGUUCUUAGAGAGAUGCUGAAACACUUUGCUGAAGAUCCUGAGAACAUGGAGCCAAGCUGCAACUUUGAAAAAAUCAUGAGCACUUUAUUCACAGAUUCAGGGACCCCACGAGAAGGGAAUGGCACCCAUGAUGUUUCAGAGUCAACAGGAAUGAAUAUACAAACAUGUACAUCGCACCUCAAAUUUCACCUCUUAUCAGACACAAUUCAAGGGGUCACAGCAACAGUCACAGGGGUACAGUAUCAGCAGUCCUGGCUCUGUAUCAUUUGCACUAUAAAGUCCCUUCAGCGACGUCAUGUUUGCAUCAGCCGCCUGGAGAGGCCUCAGAAUUGGGGUGAAAACUCCUGCGAAGUGAGAUUUGUCAUAUUAGUCCUGGCUCCUCCUAAAAUGAAAAGUACCAAAACUGCUACAGAAGUGGGCAGGACCUUUGCCACGAUGUUUUCAGACAUAACCUUUCGGCAAAAACUCCUAGAAACCAAAACUGAAGAAGAGUUCAAGGAAGCCUUAGUCCACCAACGCCACUUGUUGACGGUGGUGAAUCAGAGACCCUCAGCAAUGAGUGAUGGGCACAAGUCACAUGGUCCCAAGCCCCUCAAGUUGCACGAGUUUCUCAAUGUUGGCAAGGGGAUUUCUGAUGACAUUGCACGAAGAUUUCCAGUGUACGCUUUGGACUUCACUGACGGUGUUAUUGGAAACAACAAAGCUAUAGGAAAAUACAUCACGACUAUGAUCUUUCUUUAUUUUGCCUGCCUCCUUCCAUCCAUUGCAUUUGGGUCACUCAAUGAUGAAAACACCCGAGGAGCUAUUGAUGUGCAGAAGACAAUCGUUGGCCAGUGUAUUGGAGGGCUGCUUUACGCACUCUUCUCAGGGCAGCCUCUAGUUGUACUCCUAACGACGGCUCCUUUAGCACUCUACAUUAAUGUCAUCCGAGGAAUCUGUGAUGACUACAACCUGGAUUUCAGUGCUUUCUAUGCCUGGAUUGGACUGUGGAACAGCUUUUUCCUUGUGAUGUACUCCCUCUUUAAUUUCAGUCUUCUGAUGAAGCUCUUCAAAAGGUCAACAGAAGAAAUAAUUGCACUUUUUAUAUCCAUCACAUUUGUGCUUGAUGCUUUCAAAGGCAUUAUUAAAGUUUUUAAGAAAUAUUACUACCAUGGGCGCACAGGAGACAGUUACUUGGAAAAAGCACGAACUGAUGCUAUUCCAAGCCUCGGCAUCAAUACCACCUUCUUGAUGAAUUCAUCAGUGAGCAGAUCCAUGUCCCUAGAGAAUCAAACAGGCACGCAUGAUGUGCACUAUGGACGUGAAACUGCCGUCCUUAGUCUCAUGUUGAUGUUGGGUACCCUUUGGCUUGGUCAUACGCUCUAUCAGUUUAAGAAAAGCCCAUAUUUGCAUGCGAGAGUACGUGAAAUUCUGUCCGACUGUGCCUUACCGAUUUCAGUUCUGACUUUCUCUGUUGUGGGUUCCUAUAUCUUCAAGGAAAUUGAAAUGUCCAAAUUUAAUUACAACCCAUCUGAGAGCUUGUUCGUGCUGGCCCCGGUCCAGUCCCUCUCCAUUGGGUCAGUGAUGAGCGCCAUGGGGCUGGGGUUCCUCCUGUCAAUGCUCUUCUUCAUAGAGCAGAACAUCGUGGCAUCGCUCACAAACGCCCCAGAGAACAGGUUGGUGAAGGGAACCGCUUAUCACUGGGAUCUCCUUCUCGUUGCGCUGAUUAACACGGGGCUGUCGGUCUUCGGCCUCCCGUGGAUCCAUGCUGCCUUCCCUCACUCCCCAAUGCACGUCCGUGCCCUGGCCUAUGUUGAGGAGAGGGUUGAAAAUGGACACAUCUAUGAGACGAUUGUGAGCGUGAAGGAGACCCGGCUGACAAGUCUAGUGGCAAACUUCUUGGUUGGCCUCUCGCUCCUGCUCCUUCCUUUCCCUCUCCAGUGGAUCCCGAAGCCGGUCCUUUAUGGCCUCUUCCUCUACAUCGCGUUGACCUCCAUUGACGGGAACCAGCUCUUUGAAAGGGUGGCUCUCCUGCUCAAAGAACAGACUGCUUAUCCUCCGACACAUUACAUUCGCAGAGUGCCCCAGAGGAAGAUCCACUAUUUCACAGGCUUGCAGGUCCUGCAGCUCCUCAUCCUCUGUGGCUUCGGCAUGUCACCAUUGCCCUACAUGAAGAUGAUCUUCCCUCUCAUCAUGAUAGGGAUGAUCCCGAUCAGGUAUAACCUGCUCCCUAGGAUCAUCGAAGCCAAGUACUUGGAUGCUAUGGAUGCAGAGCAUUAAACGGGGUCCUCCGUGCACGGAGCAGCGAGGACAGCUCGUUUGGAGUUGGAAAGCGGCUUGGCCGAGGCGUAGAACAAUCUGUUUGCAGUUCUUUCUUUCACCACUUUCUUUCUGCUCUAACAUGGCGUUGGUAAUGCACACGUAUCAAAGACCAACUGAGUGUUGAAACAGCCUUGGACUUGGGAGGCCGAUGCUCUUUGGAGCUGUGAGGCAAGCAAGCUUUAUGGAAAAUGCUACUUUCCACAUCCCCAAACUGGAAACCCCGAAGAUCAACACAUUCAUACGGUUGGAGCGUGCGUUCUCAGAGUGGUUAUGUGCUCCCUUGUUUGAGGGCGGGGGGGAUCUCUGUUUUAUGCACCACGUCCCUUUCUUCCAAAACACAGUAAGGACAGCAACUGACCCUUCUUUUGCAGAAUGACAGUCCCGUUCUGGCCUUGGAAUUAAAUUUCCUGUGCAUCCAGUAUUCCCAAACUGGUAUUCCAGGUGGGAUGGCCUCGGACUAAACCAAGGAUUGUCAGGAUUGAUGUUUGGCCAUCUCUUCAGCUGGAAGCAGGUGUAAUCUGUACUGAUAAAAUCCACCACUUUGGAUGAAUAUUUAAUUCUGACAAAUGAGCUGGAAAUGUUCAGAGGUUGGGCUCACGUGGCGAUGUUGAUGAAACUGCAUCUGGGUCUAAGCUAUUUGGGAAUUAUUUUGGAUCUUUCUACCAUUGCUUCUUGGUAAUCAAACACAGAAGUGUAGUUUUGCACAACUGCAACAUUCUUGCUUGCACCCAGAGUCAGAUGCUGAAACGUGUCGAAGGGCGGUUGUGUUGAUGAUUGCAUAUACAUAUGUACAGUAGUGCCUAUGUGUACAUAUAUACAUAUGGAUUUGUGUAUAUAUUUUUGCAUAGAUAUACAAAUAGGCCUGAUUCUUUCAAAAUAUCAAGUGUUUUUGUGCAGUCAGUGUUACCUGUGGUGUCUUGACCAUAUACCUGUUCUCUGCUUCAGUGCUGCUUUUUCUCGUUUGAGAUAUGGUCACUUUUUUUCUUUUUGAAGCUGCUCAGUUACUGGUUUUGUUCAUGUUUUGCUUUAUUCAAGAUGUUCUUUUGCUUUCUUCUUCCCAUGGCUUGAGACCUUCAUCAUUCUGUCUUGAGGCUCCAGCGUGUGAAUUUUGCAUUUUAUGUAAAGCAUGCAAUGAAAGUUUUCCUCUUUUCACUUAAUCCAGUAUUUGUUGGUCAUUUCAUUGUUUCUGUUUUGUAGCUAAUCUCUAGUUUUCCCCAUUCCCAGAUGUUAUAUUAUAUUUCUGGAUGAAUCUAACUUCUGCUGUCUUUUAUAUUUCAGUUUAUUUAAUUUUGCUCGUACUAUGGUCAGUUUUCUUAUUUGGAGUACUGUGAAGUAAGCUGCCCUUUAGUUCAGUGCUUGCCCUUUCCUGCACACUACAGAUCACAGGUAAAGUGUUAUGAAAAAUGUGGACUUCUGAAGAUAACGAACUUUUAAAACAGUAGAAAUGAGGGAAGAAAAGUCAUAUAAAAUGAAAUGCAAAUAUAUUAUUAGCAGAGAAGUGUUUCUUACCAAUUGCUUGCCCAGUAAAUGGCGCAGGGUUUUUAUCAGCACAUGCCCUACUGCUUGGGUGUUCCUCUGCAUGAUGAGGAAGACCAGCUCUGUAAUGAGGGAGGAAGGCACUGGGUAAAAAGCUCCCAUGCUGAAACCAAGCCAGACCCAAGCCACUGAAGAUCUGGUGUAUUUGUUCUAAAUAUCAGAUGGUAUUUCAUCUUAAGGUAGCUGCCUACAGCUCUAAAAUGUGUAUGAAAAACUGAAUUUUUAUUUUCUUAUGAAACCCUUCAGCUUUGUAUUGAUACUUGGAGGAGAGCAGUAAGAGUGUUCCCAAAAAAGUGGCCAUGGCUUAUAGAUCCUCGAGCAAUCGCAGGGGAAAGCCCUCAGCUUAAGUAAGCAAAACAACAUCGUGUGACCAUGAAACCUUGAAAGCAUGACCUUCACGUUGCG